GGGGCACCAACAUGUCUUUUAUUUGAACACAUCCGAAUUCUAGCGGAACUCAAAUUGUUUGGUUCUUCUUUCUGCACGGAACAAAAACAUUGCAUCACUUUUCAAGAAGGGAUGCGCGAAGGCCGAUUACCCAUUUACAUUAGAGUAAAGUAUCAGAUACACAGUUUAAGCCAUGGGACCACCAACGAUCAAACGUCGCCGAAUGGGAGAGCUGGAGCCGUGGGUCGAGAAACUCAUUCAAGACUACGGCAAAAACGACAGUGAAUUAAAGACUGUCAAAGCUCAUGUUGUCGGGGUGUGUGAUCUGACAGAAUCGCAGCGGACGGAGCACACAGACACCUGCAUGAUGUUCCUGUCCGACGGGAGCGCGCUCAUUCCCGCGGUGCUGAGCGGAGCCGCGUGGGAACAUCUGCUGAAAAUAAGUGAUAUAGACUCCUUUUCUGGCCUGAUCAAUGCUGUUAUUUAUGUACGUGACUUCAAACUGGAGUUUCACAUGAACCCUGAUCUGGCCUCUUGCCAGUUUUACUUAAAUGUCAAUCGGAUCAGCAGCACAUGCGUUUCCUUUAAAGGCCACCACCCACCCAGCUGUACAUCACUCCCAUCAGUUAGAGAACAGAUUGAAAAGACAUGGAGAUCUCUCAGAGAGAGUUCAGCCAACUCGCUUAGUUCAGCAUCUGGGGUCUCACUCUCCUCUCUGUUGGGGGCGUGGCAUAGUGACAUUAUUGUAAAUAUACUGAAUGAUGCAAUGGAGAAAAUAACAAUGUCUGCGACACAUUGUCCAAGUGUGUCACCUACUCACUGGCAUCGAGAGAGACUUAACUGGAAGGUACAGGAGCAGUUCGCUGUCCCUGUGCAUUUUCUACUCAUCCCAGAGGAGCAGAGGGAGCUGAUGACAGCUGAUCCCAGUGCCGAUUGCGAGAGUCCAGGUGUUGUGGCUCCGCCUCUAGAAGAAUCGUAUCAAGCCAGCUCAUCAACACCAAACCAAACAUUAGCCGCUGAGGACUUAAAUGAUUCAGGUCCGAAUGAAAUACAGUUCACCCUGGACCACACAAGAUCAGAGGUUUUGUGUGGAACAGGGGAGUUGUCUGGGGAUGAAGAAAGCCCAUGGGAUAUGUUCGCUCCGGCGCCAGAUCUAUUAGACCUAGAGCCCCAUUCUCAGCCAGAAAGCCAAUCACUAUUAAAAGAAACUACUCCGUUGCCCUUAGCAACAAGCACCCAAUCCCUGAUCUCAAAGCCCAUUUCAGAUGUGGUGUCAGAGGAUCCCAUUACUCUGGCUCAGAGACCACAGGCAUCCCCAAUCAGCCCGUCCCACUUGAGUGGCAAGUCCGACAGAGACCCUAAUGAAGAGAAUGAGAGAGAACAUCCAUCGAGUCCUCCCUCAUGGAUCGUCCAGAACACAGCCCCACCCACUAAAUGCACUUCCCUACUGGCUCCACCCACAAAUCCAAACUCAUCUUCUCCACCCACCAAACCCAAGAAUGUGCACUCAAAUGGAAAAGCUUUUUCUUAUUUGUAUCAUCCCGACCCUCAGGUGGCCACAGCCCUCAGCCGUUUACAAAUCCCAGGGCAGCUAAUACAAUGGGCGGUGAGGUAUCUGGGGACCUCUGACUCGGCAGAUAUCAACGCAGGAGCUGAUUCUUAAACCAUUGCCUGUUACCUCAAAUGACACAAUGUUAUUACUUUUUUGUAUCUUUUUUAUUUAUUUAAACUUGUAUAUAAUCCGAAAACAGUUAUAUUU